AUGGAAGCAGAAAGGAAAGAUCAGCAGAGUAAACCAAAAAAGAGGAGAGCUCACAGCCACAUCUUGCCUGAAAGACGCCCGGACAUUGGGACCUCCACUGCGGACAGGAGCACUCAGUCCUACACAAGAUUCUCUGGUGUGGGGUUGGGGAGACCAAGACUUUCUCAGCAAGGUGGACAGAGGGUUUGCCUGCACUCCCGGAGACGACACCGCACCACGUUCAGUCCAGUCCAGUUGGAGCAGCUGGAAUCAGCCUUUGAGAGGAACCAGUACCCUGACAUCUGGACCCGAGAGAGUCUUGCCCAGAACACAGGUCUCAGUGAAGCCAGGAUCCAGGUCUGGUUCCAGAACCGCAGAGCUAAACAGCGGAAGCAAGAGCGGUCACUGCCCCAGCCACUAGCCCAUUUGUCUCCUACCACCUUCUCUAGCUACUUGCCUGAGUCCUCUGCUUGUCUGUACUCCUACCCAACAACUCCUCCACCUAUAACCUGCUGCCCUCAUUCCUCUAACCAGCCUCUUCCUACCCAGGCCAUGGGAGAGGGUUCCUUUACUCUCCCACACGCAUCUGAGGACUGGUACUCCACCUUACACUCAACUCCCACUGCUCAUCUGCCCUGUUCCCCACCCCCACCCAUUUUUCCCCUCAGCCUUGAGCCACAGAAGUCCUGGAAUUAA